GCUUCCUGCCCCCUUAAGGGGCGGGGUCUUCGCGCGCGCGCGCGGGGGAGGGGCUAUGAUGCGUUACGCGGCGCGGAGCGGGCUGCGCGUUUGGGCCUGGCUCGGCUUCCGUCCCCCUGGGCAGGUGCCGGCUGCAGCCAUGGACCUGGGGCCCCUGAGGAAAAGCUACCGGGGGGACGAGGAGGCAUUUGAGGAGAAACAUCUCACCUCCUUUGACCCGAUUAAGCAGUUUGCCAUGUGGUUUGAAGAGGCCGUGCAGUGUCCCUCAAUUGGCGAAGCCAAUGCUAUGUGCCUGGCCACCUGUACCAGGGAUGGGAGGCCCUCUGCCCGCAUGGUGCUCCUGAAGGGAUUUAGCCAGGAUGGCUUUCGAUUCUUCACUAACCACAAGAGCCGGAAAGGAAAGGAGCUGGACUCCAAUCCUUUUGCCUCAGUCGUCUUUUACUGGGAGCCCCUUAAUCGCCAGGUGCGUAUCGAGGGCUCAGUGGAGAGACUCCCGGAGGAGGAAUCGGAGCACUACUUCCACUCCCGGCCCCGAAGCAGCCAGAUCGGGGCAGUUGUGAGUUGCCAGAGCUCAGUGAUUCCCAACAGGGAGUAUUUAAGGAAGAAGAACACAGAACUGGAAGAGCGGUACCGUGAGGGAAUUGUGCCAAAGCCUGCCUACUGGGGGGGAUACAUCCUGAAACCAGACGUUGUGGAGUUCUGGCAGGGCCAAACCAACCGCUUACAUGACCGCAUUGUCUUCCGGCGCCUCCGGGACGCCACUGCCCCCACAGGACUCAUGACACACAAGGGAGAGGGGAACUGGGUGUAUGAGAGGCUUUCCCCUUGAAGGCCAAGAGCUAGAUCAUUUCAUAUAAGGAACUGGGAUAUAUUCAAUACCCUUCUGCCCCCCACCCCCUUAACCAGGAGUAGCAGAGAAUGGGGUACGGCCCCCUUGCUCCUGCACUUCACAGGGCAACUAUCUUAAUUUUUACAAAACCAGGCAAUAUUUGGGGGAGCUCAGAGGUACCGGAUUGACAGCCCUGGAGACUGAAGCCCUCUAUCUAUCCCAGUGUGAGCUUCCCCCACCAAGAUGUCUGCCCUGACGUAAAGGGACAACUCUAGGCGUGGGGUCAGUUCAGUCUCCUUAGGGGGGCAGUUAGGACCAACUGUGGUGGUUUCUGUAUCAUAUGGAUGCUGCUUCACAGGGAAUUGGGCUGAGACCCACCAAACUCAUUUCACAGAGAGGCCAUUGGCUAGCGAUUCUCUUGUUGAUUAUAUGGACCCGCCUGCCAAGGGGGUGGCUGAGACAAAAUCACAGGCCGGCUAGCUGGCUCUCCUGGACAGCCUCUCUGUAAGCGCCUCCUGCCUGAGGGCCUCCCUGUUUUAACCUGCCAGUCCUCAAAGACCAACAUGACAUGGGGAGCAGAGGUGUUGUGUAGACGUGCGCUGUAAUCAGGUGUUUAAUUUUGUCCAGUGCUGCUUUGAGUGCAAUAACGUCACCGAUUCUGGAUGCAGACAGAGCAGUCAUGUUGUUGGUAAUGUCUGUGGCCGUGUGAUCUGUAUAAUCUCUGUGUAUAAUCCCUGCUGGACUCCAGCCUGGAGAUACUGGCAUGUCUCACCAUGCCUCUGGGUUUAGAGUUGCUUUUAUCAGUGCUGCUGUGUAACGCCUCCCUAAAUGUAUAAACUCACAAAUAAAGUCCAAGCUGAUGAGU